CUCGAGAGACUUUCGAUAUUUUACGACCGUCUGCUAACUGCUAAGGUUCUGCUUGUUUAUUGUUAAUUUUAAUUGUAAACGGUUAGGUCUGCAGUAGGUCAAGUGUCGGUACAUAAGGCUAGCUUUUGUGGAAACUUUUUUGAAACUGAGAAGUUAAUUAGUUAAUGAAAAAUGUUUAUCGUCGGUUUGACUGGUGGUAUUGCCAGUGGAAAAUCAACAGUAGCAGCAGUCUUCCGAGAGAAUGGAAUUCCGGUUGUAGAUGCAGAUGCAAUUGCUCGGGAAGUUGUUGAACCAGGCACCAAUGCCUGGAAGAAAAUCAAAGAAGUAUUCGGAGAAGAGGUUUUGCUUCCUACAGGAUAUCUGAACAGAGAAAAGCUUGGAGAAAUUAUAUUUGCGGAUGCUACAAAACGUAGAAUGCUUAAUGAAUGGACUCACCCUGAAAUUCAUCGUACUAUUAUGUUUGAAGCUCUCAAACAUUUCCUGACAGGCAACAAUUAUAUUGUCUUGGACCUGCCGUUACUCUUUGAGAGUGGUGUUAUGCUUCAAUAUAUCCACAAAGUCAUUUGUGUUACCUGUACUCCUGAACAACAACUUGAAAGAUUAAUGAAACGAAACACUAUGGCCAAAACCCUUGCUCAACAGCGUAUUGCUGCCCAAAUGCCUUUAGAAGAGAAAUGCGAGAAAGCUCACUAUGUAAUUGACAAUACAAACGAGUUGGAGGAAACCCGUAAGCAAGCUCAACGUAUUGUUGGCAUCCUCAAUGAAUCUUGGGAACAUUGGAGAAUUCGUCUUUAUAUUGCUGUUUUAGCUCUUGUUGUUUUCUCACCAUUACUGUACUGGCAAUAUCGAUCAACUUCCACCUAGUAAAGUGGAGACCUGACAAAUAAAGCUAUUGAUGUAGUCAGGAAUUGCAAUAGUCUGCUACAGAAUGAUAGCAGUAUAAGGCAUUUAUAAACUCUUUGUCAUUCCAGUGUGCUUCAAUAAAACUGAAACUUGCAUUGUUUUUCAUAGAAGUAUUCUUUAAGUUAUUUGAUCUUUUUACAGUAUUUUACAUUUCUGUAUUUUUAAAUUUUUAGCAGAAAAUAUACGUACUUUUACAGAGCAA